UGAAACAUGUGUUCCAUCUCAACUAAAAAUCUAUGUUGAUAAUUAGAUUACACAUUUAUGUUUAUAUAUUACUCCGUAUAUAUUAUAUGCUCAGCACAAGCAUGUGAAGCUCCAAGAUGUAAAAAAGACAAGACAUGAUGUUUGAAGUUUAUCAUUAGCUUGCAAAAACAAAAGAAGAAAAUAGUAAGUUAGAGAUGAAAUCAAGAAUUGGAGAGAAGCUGCAGGUUCCCAUCAACUACUGGGCAGUUUUAUUGAAUCAGAGCUCAACAAAACAGCCACUUCCUCAUUCUUCUGCCACCCAAUGUUGUCUGUCUUCCAGUUCAAAACUAAGGUUUGGUGCAGUGAGAUUAAGGCCAAAGAUAACAGACACUGUGAAGGGCAAACUGAUCCUUGGGGCAAAACUUCUCCAAGCAGGUGGCGUCCAAAAGGUGUUCAACAAGAAAUUCAGUGCUAACGAAGGGGAAAAGUUGUUGAAGGCAUCUCAAUGUUAUUUAUCAACAACAUCUGGUCCAAUGCCUGGCCUACUCUUUGUUUCUACACACAAACUUGCCUUCCUCAGUGAGAGAUCAAUCAAAAUCCCUUCUUCAACUGGAAAGUCCAUGAGAAUACAUUAUAAGGUAUCAAUCCCAAUUGCAAAAAUUAAGAGAGCAAAUGAAAGUGAGAAUUUGAAGAAUCCAUCAGAGAAGUACAUACAAGUAGUCACAGAAGAUCAUUUUGAGUUCUGGUUUAUGUGGUUCCCACAUCAUCAAAGAACCUUAAAAUAUCUCCAAAUGCAAUUUCUGCAGCUCAGUAUUCUUAGAAAUAUUUCUUUAUAAUAAUAUACUUGUAAAAUGUGGACAAAGCCUGUAUAUAUGAUUGAAUGAUUUU